AUGGAGUCUCCACCGCCGGUAACAUCGAUUGGCACAGUCUCGAUUGAAGAAAAAAUAUCCGGUCCAGAGAUGUCGUCUAAGCCUACGGUAGUGAGCAAUGGUAUUGAAGAUAUGAGGCAUCAAAUAGAUGUCAACGACUUGGAGUCGACUCUCAAGGAUUCAAGUGAAACUGAAUACAUAAUGGGAGUAAGCGACUCUGGUGUUGAACCAGAACUAGAGGUGGCCGGAGGUUCGGAAUCAUCUCCAUCUACUGGCCUCCCUCCAAUAACUACUAUUUCUCCAGAGAUAUCAAUUGAUUCUUCAAUACCUAAAUUUGUUCCUUCAAUUGGAGCCUGGGCCAAACCACUUACUUUUAUACCACCUGCAACUCCUCCAACGCCUGCAACGCCAAGUGGUUUUGACCUGCAGUAUCUUAACAAUCUCCUUGACUCUUUCUGGCCAACAUUGCCUGAUGGACUUGGGUCAAACCAGAAGAAAAAAGACCAUCCUAGUCUUACCAGAGAAUUUCCUCGUAUGCCGGUUCAAAAAAUUCCGGUCCUUGAACUUAAAGAGGAUGGAACAUUAAGGUUUCCAUGGGCAGCCAUAAUGGACCCUGCUACCAGAAACCUCUACCGAGCGGCCAAGCCAAAUUUUGAUGGAACGCCUCAGAUAGUUGCUACUCAAGAUUGGGUCUCAGCCACGUGGCAUCCGGACUUGGUGAGCCUAUGCAAACACAUAAACCUCGACUUGAUCCGAUUUGUUUGGGAGAAGCAAAGUUGUUGGUUGAAGUAGAACUUGAUAAACCUUUUCCAAAGCAAAUUGCCUUAGAUGACAAACAAGGUAAUAUUUUCUUGUGGAUGUUGAGUAUACAUGGAUUCCAAGUGUUUGUGGUAGGUGUGGACAUUUGGGACAUAAGGAAAAAAGAUGUCUUCUUCCAGCUGUCCAAUUGAAUGUGGAAACAAGUCCCACACUUGAAGAUUUACCCGCCGAAGAGCCUCAGGUUGAAAUGGAAAAAGUACUAGUGCAGCCUACUGUUGCAUCAAAUAUCUUGGUGUUACCAGCUGAAAAUGCGGAGUCAAAUUUGGUCUCAGCUGAAGAAGCACGAGAAGAACUUACUGAGCAGACUUUGGAACCUACUAAAGAAAGUGGUAUUGAACUCAGAGAUGAGCUGAAGGUAUUUUCCACUCCAGUAAACAAUCUCACUUGCUCUAAGGUACAUUUAGCCACUAGCUCCAACUCUUUUUUGACUUCAUCACCAUUAGCAGACACACAAUCUGCUCCAACUGAAGCUAAUAUUAUGGAAGAAAUUCCAUCCCCUGUUAUUGUCUUCGAGGCCAACUCGGUUUCACCGGACAAUUCAUUGGUCCCUCUAUACUCUCCUGCACAUGGCAGUCCUUCUGUUACUCAAAUUGCUUGUAAUGAGCAAGAUGAUGAGAGAGGAUAUAUGAGUGAUGCUACGGCAAACCUCAACAUGUCACGAGGUGGAAGGCCAAUAAAACCAGUCCAAAAGUUUCAAGAUAUGGAAUGAAAAACGGUAAGAGGAAGGGGUAAAAGGGGUCGUCGAGCCCGCGGAAACUACCCUCCAUCCUCCUAGUAGUUUCAUCUCUCUCUUGUUUCAUUAAGCUUAUGAAUCAUAAGUCUUCUCCUAUGUAAGCUAAUGCUUGGUUGAAUAUGAGGUAUGUCUCAUCAUACUUUUUCAAACUUUAUGGUUGUUUUAACCAUACAUUGUAUGUUUUUAGUAUUUUUAAUUGAAAGCCUUUUUAAAAAAAAAAAGCAGAAUGUCAUA